AUGAAAUUGAUAAUUGUCGCCCUCGCCUUCGUAGCUAUUGCUACUGCCGUUCCCGUGGGAGAGAAGGAACCCCCAAAAAUCGUCCGCUCUGAAUUCAACCAACAACCCGAGGGACAAUAUGAAUUCAACUUCGAGACCGACGAUGGCUCAACCCGCGUUGAAACUGGAGAGCUGAAGGAAGCCUUCGACGAGGAGAACAAGCCCCACCAAGUCAUCGUUGUUCGUGGAUCCUUCUCCUACAUCAACUCUGAAGGCAAACCCGAAACUAUCGAGUACUACGCUGACGAAACCGGAUUCCACGCCAAGGGAGACUCUAUCCCCAAAAGCCCCUCCAGGAGAUAA